AGUAUGUUCUGGGAGAUAAGGUAGGAGUAGAUUCGUUUAUGAAUUAGUUUUUCAAAGAUUUUUGAGAGAGGGUGUAAGUUGGAUAUUGGCCUAUAAUUAUUCAACUCUGUUUGGUCUCCUCCUUUGUGGAUCGGGGUGACCCUUGCUAUUUUGAGUACUGUAGGGAAGGUGGAGGAUUCAAUGGAUUUGUUAAAGAGUGUUGCAAUGAUUGGAGAUAGCACUUGUGACACUUUUUUAUAUAUAAAGGGUGGUAAGGUACUUAAAUCUCCUGCCUUGUUUUUUAGUGCAUUGAUAAUAAGGGAGACUUCGUAUGGGUUAGUCGGAGCUAGGAACAGUGUGUUCGGGUAGUUGCCGGUGAGGUAGUUAUUUGGUGGGGUAUCUGAGCUUGGGAUUUUAUGGGCAAGGUUUUGUCCUAUAGUGGAGAAGAAAUCAUUGAGUCUGUUUGCUGUUUCUGUUGGUGGGAGUUGGGGUUCAUCUGAUUUUGCUAAUUUUAUUUCGCUAUUUCGUGAUAUCUUUUUUGUUCCCAGAAUUUCAGAUAGUGUUUUCCAGGUCUUUUUUAUAUCACCUCGUAAGUUGGAUAAUCUGUUCUCAUAAUCUAUGUAUUUGUGUAUACUACCUGAAUAAACUUAAAACAAAUCUCUCUUAUGGAAUAUGAUAUCAAUGUUGACAAAGUUCUCAGGCCGUAUUAACCUUUGUUACCCAACAGUAACAUUGUAGAGGAAAGUAGUGGAAGUGCUUAUUUUAGGAACCUUCUGGCCUUUUAGUAAACCACAUACAUCCUGAAGAGGUGUUCCUUCGUCUGCUGGUAUCCUGAAGAAGUGUUCCUUCAUCUGCUGGUAUCCUGAAGAAGUGUUCCUUCAUCUGCUGGUAUCCUGGAGAAGUGUUCCUUCAUCUGCUGGUAUCCUGAAGAAGUGUUCCUUCAUCUGCUGGUAUCCUGGAGAAGUGUUCCUUCGUCUUCUGGUAUCCUGGAGAAGUGUUCCUUCAUCUGCUGGUAUCCUGGAGAAGUGUUCCUUCAUCUGCUGGUAUCCUGAAGAGGUGUUCCUUCAUCUGCAGUUUGUAAGGAUGGGAGCUUGGCUAUUGAAUCUAACACUCUUCAAUACCUCUUCAUUGCCUUGAUACGGGUGAAAAGUUCUGUCCAAGAAAUUGAAGCUUCCCCAGAUUAAAUGUGAUUAUCUUCCAUUCCACAGUAAUAAACCAUGGUGUGCCUUCUAUGAAGCAACAUGGCCAGGAAUCUCUACACACUCUUUAACACAGGGGCUGCUGCACAUCCUCAUAACUUAGCAAUUAUAUACUGUGAAGAUGAACAUUGUAAAAAGAAGAUCACUUACAGCGAAUUAAAAGAAGAAUCCACUAAAAUAGCUAAGAUUUUGUCCAAGAGUGAUGAGACUUACGAACCUCAGCUUUCCCUGCCUCAAGAAGCUUUGACAAAAGAGCAGCAGCAGCAGCAGCACGAAGGGCAUGAUCACACCGUAUUGAAGCUAAAUAAUCCAACGGAGGGCAUAUAUAAUGAUAAGAACUCAUCUUGUGUGAGUGGAAAAGUCUACAAUGAAUUCCCAUUGCAUGUUAGUGGAGGUUUUAAAGAUAAACAAUCAUAUAUCAGUGAGGUUCUAAGUUCUAAGAUUAAUGGCAAAAAACAGACAACAAUUAUUGGAGUUUUGUGUUCCACUGGUCCUGUGGCAGUUGCUUGCAUACUUGGGAUAUUAAGAAAAAAUGCUUACUUUUAUAUUUCCCCAGAAUAUACUAAGGAAGAACUUACGUCAUUACUUGAUCGAGUGUGUCCACAAAGAAUAUUGGUAGAAGAGAAAUACUUUCAGAAUGUUGAAGGAAUCCCUAACGCCAUUCUGGGUAGCUUUUGUUUAUUUGAAACUCGUUUUAAGCUAAUUUCAAUUAACUGCAAAAAACAAUCAAUAUUUCAGAAAAAUCAUAUUAUGAAAGACUUGGCAUAUGUGAUUUCUACUUCGGGUUCAACAGGUGUUCCAAAAUAUGUGUAUGUGCCCCAUUCCUCUAUAAUGCCAAAUAUCUUGGAUUUAGUUACCUUAUUUGGAACUGAACAGAGAGACUCAAUAUUUUGUGCUGCUCCUCUUUCAUUUGACCCAAGCGUUGUAGACAUGUUUAUGGCAUUCAAAGUAGGGGCAAAUCUUGUUAUGGUCUCCCCUCAUCUUUUAAGAACCCCAAAGAUUUUGCUUAAUAUUAUGAUAAACACCAAAGUUUCAAUUCUUCAAGCUACUCCAACUCUUAUGUUAAGUUUUGGAAAAGAAAGAUUAAAGGAAUCACUUCUAGCAGAGGAUUCUCAUCUAAAAAUUUUAGCUUUGGGUGGUGAAGUGUUCCCCAAAUUGUCACUUUUAAAACAGUGGGUGAAUGAGAAGUGUAAAACUAGAAUUUUUAAUCUUUACGGUAUAACUGAGGUGUCAUGUUGGGCUACAGCAGCAGAAGUUCUAAUAAACAGAACAGAACCAGUGAUAAAUGCAGAACUAGGUCUGCAAAUAGUAGCUGAUAAUGAAAAAGCCAAAAAUAUUUUGGAAGGGGAAUUCAGGGAGGGAAAAUAUUCAUUUUCAGAUAUUGCUCCAAUUGGUAAUACACUAAGCCUCACUGUAGUCAGGUUGCUAAACAAAAAUGAAGUAGAUGUCAUAGAUGGUGAAGAAGGAGAAAUUUAUAUUGGAGGGCCUGAGAGAAUGUGCUGGGUGGAUGAUGGUACUGUACACAUCACUGAAGAACACGAUAAUGAAAAAACUAGACAAGUUGAGGCAGUUUUACGACAAACUGGUGACAGAGGAGUAAUGAUGAAGGGCAACAUUUAUUGCUCUGGAAGAUUCGACUGUCAAGUAAAGCGUAAUGGCCAGAAAGUAAGCCUUGCAGAAAUUGAUAAACAGUGUAGAAGCUUAGAGUAUGUGGAUACAUGUCAUAUAGAAUUACUUAUGGGGAAUAAAAUUGUAGCAUUUGUUUAUUCAUCUAGAAAAACUAUAACUGCAAAUGAUGUUUGGCAGGAUCUGAGAACAAAAUUAUCUUAUUGGAAAUUACCAGAUAAUAUAAUUAUUGUUAAGGACAUUCCCUUUAAUAAGCAUGGAAAAAUUGAUGUUCAUCAGUUGCUUUCCAAAGAAUACCAAUCUUCUGCAUUAAAUUUCUGGGAAUAUGAUAAUUCAUUAACAAAAUAUUGUGAAGAAUUAUGGAAGAGAAUUCUUGGAUGUAAUAUAGUUAAUCCAAAUGAUAACUUCAUUAAAUCUGGUGGAAACUCACUCUAUGCAGUACAUUUUACUGAAAACUUGAAAGAUUGUAUUGGUUAUGAGGUACCAAAACUAAUGGAUGCCUUGCUUAAUGAUACCUUUAUGAAAACUUGCCAGGUAAUAAGAAAAUAUAAAUAUUCCAGAAAGAGGUCUGAAAAUACUGAGAGCCUGUAUAAAACAACGAAAAAGCUAAAAAAUGAACGUGCACAACACCUUAAUAGUCAAUCCAUACAUACUCUAGGCUAUGAAGGCGAUAAGAAAAUAAAACAUAGUGACCCAGAAUCUCAAUGUAAGGAGACAUUUCAGAAACACAAAAAUUCUUUAAAUGAACAAGACCUUUUACUUACAGAUCAGGCUCUUGCCCUGACUGUUGUAUCAAGGAGAGGCAUUCAGAGUAAAGAAUCUUCAUCUUUUAAGUAUGAUAAUUUACCAAGCAGAAUAGAACUACUGUGGAAGCAUAAUCUUGGUAAAUGUAUUGACUCAUCUCCAGUGGUAAUUGAAUAUAACAAUAGGGAGAUUUUUGUCCUUGUUGGAUCACACUCUUAUAAAUUUGUCUGCAUCAAUGUCCUGAGUGGGACUGAGAAGUGGUGUCUUUUACUUGGGGACAGAGUGGAGUCAUCACCUGUUGUUUCAGGGGAUGGUGAACAGGUAUAUGUUGGCUGCUAUGAUGGGGCUUUAUAUUGUAUUUGUAUUGAAAAUGGGCAGAUCCUCUGGAAGUAUAAAACAGAAGGAGAGAUCAAAAGCUCUCCGGUCGUUGAUGAUGAAUUGGACUUGGUGAUAUUUGGUUCUCAUGACAAAAAAUUAUACUGUUUAACCAGAAAUGGUGAAUUAAAAUGGAAGAUUAAGCCUUCAGAAGGAAGUAUAUUCUCUUCACCCUGUGUUAAUGGAAAUUGUGUCUUUGUUGCAACACUUGAUGGUAUAGUUAGUGGGGUGAAUAAGCUAACAGGAGAUAUUAUGUGGCAUGUAUCUGUUAACAAGCCAGUCUUUAGUUCAAUAACUUCGUACUCUGAAGGUAUAAUUUUUGGAAAUGUUUGUGGUGAAAUUUUCAGCUAUUCUUUUUCUGGUUCUAGGCUUUGGAAAUUUGAAACAAAAGGCAAUGUGUUUUCCUCCCCAUUUGUGCUCCAGUUAGAAAAUGGUCUAGAAAUAAUAGGCAUUGGCUCACAUGAUCACAAUGUAUACUUUUUUAACAGCUGUGGCAAAAAAAUUGCUCAAUUCACAGGAUUAUCUGCAAUUUAUGCUACCCCCUUUUUAUUUUCUCUGAAUAACCCAAAGGCAUUCUGUGCAGUAAUAUGUGAAACAUCUGGAAGACUCUGUAUAGUUCAAAUAAGUUUUGAAAAUGGAGGAGGCACCACAGAUGCAGAUUCCACUCUUGUAUCUCCAGAUGCAUCUGUUGAAACUGUGAUGGAAACUAUGUUAAAUGGUGAAUUGUUUGCAUCUCCUGUAUUUUUCAGGAAUAAACUAUAUAUUGGGAGUAGAGAUGACUUCAUUUAUUGUUUCAGUAUGUGCUCAUAGCACAUACUGAAUUAGUUGAAAAAUUUUAAUAUACAGCUUCUCCUCAUUUGAGGAUGGAGUUCCGUUCUUAAGACCGUGUCAGUAAAUGAAUUCGUCGCUAAGUGAGGAGCAUACUAUAAUGGUAGUUCGUUUGUUUCAUCCAUCUUUGAUAUUGUUUUCAUGUCACAUUUGCACCAUUUAUAACAUUUCUGGUAUAUUUUUAAAUGUUUAUACAGUAAUGUACUGUAUAUCGUAAUAAACAUAAUAGAGGAAAUCAACUCUAAUAUACAUUAUUUAGGUAUGCAUACUGGUCAGAAAGCCUGUCAUAAGUUUGAGUCAUUGGUAAACAAGUACAUCGCUAAGUGAGGAGAAGCUGUAUUAUUAAAUUAUGCUAAUCAACUUUUCAUGUGCAAAUGUCAGGUUUGAUAAUUUGCAUUUAAGGUACCUAUUCAUAAGGUUUCAAAUUUGUACAUACCAAAAUACCUUUUUCGGUGCAAUCCAAGUAUUCACAAAAGUGUGCUAAACAUGUAUGGGUCAUUUCAGCACUUGGUGUAAGUUUGGCAAGGAAAAAUCUUGUUUUAACAAAUUCCUUUGUGUCCAUCAUGAAGGAAAGUAAUAAUAUUUAAAAUUAGUCCUAAGAAAAAAGUAAAUACAAUACCAAAACAGAUAAUUUUGUACCCAGCAGAUUUUGUUCAUUGUUUAGAAUUGUGUUAAACAGAGGUUUGUUUAUAAUUUUACUGUAAUUAUGUACAAUUGAAAAGUUGUUUACCACUUAUACAUUUCCAGAAUAUAUUUUAAUAAAGUCCCUUAUUCUACUACAAAUUUUGUCACUUUUCUGUUUUCACUACGUUCUAUUUGACCCAGUAAACUCUCCAUGUAAUGGUCUUCGGAAAAUCGAAAAAAUCCACUGGGUUACUUGAUUUAAAAACAGUGGAUGAAGCUUUUUGGUCCAUUUUUGUUACAAUCACCAAAAAUGAUCUCUUCUUUAUCUGCUACAAUUACAUGUACUAUUACUACCUGUUUAACAACCGCAUGGACUUAUAACUAGCUCUCCGACCAGUCUGUUUUACAACUCAUUCAUCGUGAGUUCAGUCCUCGCCUGUGGUAUGGUUUUUUUUUUUUCACUCUGUAUUGUACCUCUUACAAGAACUUUGGUCAAGGGAGAGCUAACUAAUGAAAUUUCAUAGAGUUGUAAGUGCAGCAGCACUUGGAAGAGGAAGAAGAGGAAAGAAUGGAAGAGGUUCAAAAGGUCACUGUAAAGGGGUUAGCUGGUGUGUUCUCGAAAGUGUAUGCGGAACGGAACUUGGUUGUUAAGUGAGGAGUGCCUGUAUUAAUAUGUGCUAAAUUUAUAUGGAUCAAACAAUGCUUACAUUUGUACUGUACCUCCUCAGAAUAUCUGUACAGUGAAAUCUUGAUUUAAUGGACUAAUAGGAGUAGAGAGGGUGUCUGCUAAUGUCAAAUAUCCGUUAAAUUUGAAUGAUAAGAUUUUUUUUCUACGAUUGUUACAAUAAGAGGCAAUUCUGGAAUCAAUCAAACUUAUCCACCCAAUAAGAAGUUAAUUUAUCUAGUCUAGUAGAUUAUUAUUAUUAUAAUCAAAGAAAGCGCUAAGCCUACAAGGGUCAUACAGUUCUGCCGGGUAGAAAAUAGUGCUGGGGCUAUAAACAUCUAGGUGGAGAAGGGAUCAGAGGUGAGGGGAGAAAAGGGCACUAAGGGCUAUGUGUCCAAGUUCGUACAGUAAAGCAGUUGCUGACAAAAAGUAAAAAAAUGAUUGUAAGUCAAAGGCAGGGUCGUCUGCUAGAAGGGAAGAUAAGGUAAGAGUGGUAGGGUGGCGGUGUCAUUGAAGGUAAAUCCUGCAAGCUCGCUGGUAAACUGGGUAAUCUACAAGAAAGUGAAGAAUCGAAAUAGGGACCCGACAAACCUCACAGAUAGGGUGUCAUUCCAUGAGAUACCCAUGGGUAAGGCAAGUAUGGCCAAUGCGGUGGUAAGAAGAUGGCCACAAACCUAAAAGCGGUUUAAUAGAGUGCAAUUUGUUAUGGUGCAUGGCCAACCACCAUUGUUGCCAACGGCCGUGAAGACGGGCCGAGAUGACUGGAAAAUAAUAUUUGAACGGAAUACCUCUAUAGGAAACCGAAAGAUCAUGCACUACUGAUCGUGCAGCGGCAGCAUCCGCUUGUUCAUUGCCCUGGACAUCAACGUGUCCAGGGACCCAACAGAAAAUGACAUCUUUGUUUUUGCUAGCCACAUGGCACAGCCAUAGCUGAAUAUGAAGGACUAAUGGAUGAGGGGAAUCAAAUUGUUUAAUGGCUUGUAAAGCACUGAGGGAAUCUGAAGUGAUCAUAAAUGUUGUAGAAGUCAUAUAUGUAAUAUGGAGAAGCGUUAUGAGGAUAGCAUGCAACAGGGCGGUAAAAUUACUAGCCGUGUCUAAUAAAUGACCUCAGACAACAUCGUCAGGGAACAACGCCACAAACCCAACACCGUCAGAAGAUUUAGAACCAUCUGUAUAAACAGCAAUAGCAUGAGCAUGCAACUGGAAGUGAUCAAGAAGAAGAGAGCGAGAAGCAGUCAUAGGUAAGAGUGUUUUGGUGCACGGCAGUAGGGGAGAGCAGACACGAACCGUCGGAACCUCCCAAGGGGGAAGGGAAAAGGCAGAGUCUAAAUGAACAUACAAGGGAGGCAACUGGAGAGAAGACCGGAGUGAGUGAAGACGAAGAGAAACGGUCGGAGUAAGCAGGGGCAUCGAACAAAUAAUAGGUCUCUACUAACAUCUGAAAUCAACCUAUACGUAGAUGGAACAUGAAGGUCAUGAGAGUGGACAAAGUAAUGAAGGCAGUGAGCACAAUGAUCAGCUAAGGAACAUUUGCUUCAGCAUAGAGACUUUUAACAGGGAAUGAACGAGAGGCACCAAGGCAUAAACGUAGACCCUGAUGGUGAAGGGGAUCUAAUUUAGAAAGAGUGGUAGGAGAAGCUGCAAAAUAGACUAGGUCACCAUAAUCCAACUUGGACAAGACUAGGGUGGAAAUGCAAAUGGAGGAGAGUCCGGCGAUCUGCUCCCCACGAAUGAUGUCAAGUCAGAACAGGAUGCAGGAACAGAAAGGGGCUUGGGAGGAGGAGGGUUAUCACGGAAUGAAGACUUCAUGAUUGUGGUACUUUCUUGUUAUUAUUUUGACCCUUAAACUGUCCAAACAGAUCUAUGUUGACAUGUGUAGCGCUCCAAAAGUAGAUUAUGUUUUCUUACAUAUUUUCAAAUAUAACAAAAAAAACGUAGUUCAAAGUUUUUUACGCGUUUUCAAAUGUAAAAAAACAAAAAGAAGAUCUACGUUUUUUUACAUUUUUUCAAGUGUUGAAAAAAUGUAGAUCUACGUUUGGACAGUUUAAGGGUUAAAGAAAAAAAAGAAAAAAAAAAAAAGAAAAAGAAAAAGCGACAACGGAGGGACAAUUACUAGCAGGCAUGAAAGGGCCGUAAGUUUGUCCCCUCAUCUGAGAGGACCUCAAGCUCGCAAGCAGUGCAGAUGCAGUGUAAAACCCAUGCCAUACCCUACUCUUCACGCCAGUAAACCAGUGCUCCGGGAGAGCAACCUCACAUCUACCGAGCCAUCUCGGUGGACAAAAGAGAGGGCAGUCGGAGACCCACCUCAAAACAUAUCUUCUUCAGCUGUCACCUCCCAGAACCAACAGACAGCCUCUGGAGUUACACUCGUCAUCUGCAGAACACCCCGCCCACUUCUCGGAAAUCUGGGAAGGGAACAGGUCACCUCCAGACAAUCCAGAUUUCACAGCAAACUACACCACACCCAAGGAACCUCACGAAGCAUGAUGAACCCCAGCAUACUUCCCCCUACCUAGAAACUGUAAUGCAAGAGGGGAGGACCCCAGAGGCUACAAAUGGGACAGGGAAAAUGGAGGAUUGAGAGGGGGGAGGAAAGGAAAAAAAGGGAGGAUGGGAUAGGGAAGGGAGGUUUGGGGGGUAAUUAGGUUUGGUCUGAGAAAGGAGACCAAAUGGUCUAAUUCCUUAGACCAAGAGCCUCUUCGCCGCAUCAAGGAGCCCCCCCCCCCUUGAAGAGGAAUUUAUCUAGUAGAGCAUAAUACAUUUCUAGAAAAUGAGGUUUGUCCAUUAGUCUGAACUCCAUUAACUUGAGGUUUCACUGUGCUUUUCGGUAUUCGUUCAUAGUAAGAGGUUAGGUUAACAUUCUGUGAAAACUCAACAAAGAGUAAACUUGCAAAUGGCAGUUCUUAUUAUAAUAAAAAAAACCAAGCACUAAACCCACGAGGGUCAUACAGCUGCAAAUGGCAAGAAUUGAUUUAAUGGGGAAUGGGUUGCAAAAUACCUACUCUCAAUUAAUUUUAGCGAUGUUGCAAUAUUUAUAACAAAACACUGAAUGGUUCUAGAUCUAAGGAAUAGGAGGUACCCUCUUCCUUAGAUUAAGCCUGAUUACUUACUAUUUCCCUGAUGCUGUGUGACUCUCUACAAGUUGAGUGCUUCCUCCCAAAUAUAACAGGAAAAAGUUAAACCCAAGUAUGGAAGAUAACGAUGUUUGGUCUUCUGAAGGGGAGGGUGGCUUCCAAGUCCUUGGAUCAAAAGUCCUUCACCAGUAUCAUGGUAUCUCAUUGAAAGGUAUUUGAUAAUGAUGUGGCACAGCCAACACUGAAUGUGAGCAAUAGUAAGGGUGAGGAAUCACAAGUUUGAACUGAAAUUACAGUAUUAUUAUUAUUAUAAUAAAAAAGAAGCGCUAAGCCACAAGGGCUAUACAGCGCGUAAUUACAGUAGGGUCCUGCUUUAUGGCGUUCUGCUAAUUCAGCGGUUUUCAAUUAUAUCUGUUGUUCAUUUUCUUCAGAGCUUGUUCCAACUUUUCAGCCUGACAUGCUCAACAGCUGAGCCAGGGAAAGUCGUCUGGCACCAUUCUAUUGUCAGUGAUUUAGUCUGUUUAUAGCAUGUGUGUGCUCUGAUAGUGUAAAAAUAAAAAUGUCAUUAGGCUGUUAUAUAAAUUUGAAAGUGAAAAAAGGCGUGUUCCACUAUUUGGCGAUUUUUGCUUUUUGGCAGGAGUUGGGAACCUAACCUGUCACCUAAGUGGGGUCCUACUGUAUUACUGUCAUAUUUAAAAAGAACUGCUAAACCCAUAGGGGUCAUAUAGCACCUGAGGGAAUGGGAGACAAUCAGGCUUUGUUCAAGGAAAGGGAGGACAGGUCAAAUUUCUUGGAUUAAUAAUCCCUCAGCAGUACAAAUGAACAAUGAAUUAUGAAAUAAUCUUCAUUUCAGUGUUCAGUAUUUUUGAAGUCCACUGUCUACAAGGAAAUAUGAAAGGUGUUUGGAAACAUAACUACUGAUAAUAACACUAUAAUGAAGGAAAAUAAGAGUUCACCUUAUAAAAUUUCAAUUUAUGAAUUCUCUCAAACAUAAAAGUUCUAGCUGAGAUUACCUCCAUUACAGUCUCUGGAAAAAAAGUAGCCAGGAAAAAAGUCUGAAAAAGAAUGAGCAAAUCACACAAACAGUUUAAUGAGCUUUAUUAUGGAACCUAAAAAUUACAAAACAUCAAUAUCUGGUCAUUUGAUAGUUUGGUUUCAUUACCAUUUCGAAUCCUUUAU